GCUUGGUAAAUGAGCAACAAUUUACUCCUCCUAUCUCUUUUGCAUAUAAUUCUGCCUUGAUUUUCAGGUUAUCCAGAUAUAUUAUCCGUAUAAUACGCAGUUGUUCCCACAUAUAUUCCCAGGCCAAGAUUUUAGAGAUUGUCCUGAAAGGAUUGGGAAGGCAGCCGCUGAGGCAAUGCGCUGCCAAAACUACAAGCAUCCAGACAAAUACGGGAAUUACCGAGUUGCAAAGCUUACUCAAAUCAAGCAUCACUGGUGGUGGAAGAUGAAUUUUGUAUUUGACGGAAUUUUUGAUCGCUACGCUCUCACCGAGCCUUGGGUUCUGCUUCUCGAAGAAGACCACUUUGUAGCACCUGAUGCUUUACAUGUCCUCGGCAUGAUUAUACAAAACAGAAAAGCGUAA